UCCUUCCGAGUGUAACUUUAUAUUUUAUGACAGCUAAAAAUGUCUAGUUAAUGAUUGGCACAGAUGAGGCGAAGAAUCGGUCCAAAAUCUAUCUUGUGCGUUAGAAAGCCACCAUCAUUAUGACGCGUUUAUAGCUUGGUGAAAUCAAAAGUGAAAGCGUUGUGGUGCAUUCUUUCUUUCAUUUUUUCAGCUAAAAGUAUACGGAUCUUUUCCUCCUUGACGAUGAUUAAAAUAUUAUUUUUCGGAUGCUUUUUGACGUUCGUUAAUGCUGAUGGCUUUGCUGAUGUAGUUCUCUCCUGCUCUCUGGUGGAGGAGGGAACAGGACUGGGAGGAAUGGGAGGUGGCGCUCUCUUCUCCCGAACUCCUGCCACUCUGGUCCUUCGAGAUGUUCCUGUGGGGCCAGAGGAAUCACUUGACACGCUAACUCCAUUUGUUCCCCCCUCCGUCCCUGAUCCCGAUCUCCUCCUGUUUGAGAACAAAGUAUCCUCGCCUGAGAUCCCCAAUGCUGCCCUGUUGCUCCAUGCAGACUGUAACGAGCAGGAGGUGAUGUGUGAGAUAAGUCGUUACACUCCUCGAGGACUUCCGGAAAGUUCUGAUCCAGCAUAUUUCAUGGUUUCUCUGAGUGUGGAGGGACUCGACUUCAGCACGUCACUCAUUCUUCAAACACUACCAGUUGAUAAAUAUGAGCAGACCUUAACGCAAAACAAGCUCAGUUUACCUCUCAGCCAAUCAGGAACUCUGCUAACUAAAGUGAUAUUCCUGGUAUUCUCCGACAUCAAUUCUGUUUCUGCUCCCUUGAGAGGAGAAAUUCUCCUCCACUGCGGGUUCAAGCAGGAGGAAGCAACAUUAGCACCAGAAGUUGGCCUUGAAUGGCGUCUACAGCACAGAGGGAAAGGCAGGAAAGUGCUUGAGAUGAAGUCAAGGCUAGAUGACACAGAAGGGGCCCCAGUGGUUCAUGGUGAGAGAAAAGGCUCUAUGGUGGAUACUGCUCAGGUCCUCAGUGAGGGGAACGUCUCCAUGAGUCUGACGGAGCUGAAGGUUGUAGAUGAAGGAACCUACAUCUGUACAGUCAAUCUGGGUCCUUUUCAUGCCCAGCAGGUCAUCCAGCUCCGUAUCAAUCAACCACCGCAGGUUUCUCUGUCGGAGGAGAAGUUAGUCUUAAAAAAAACUCCACAGACGUUGAGCUGUCACUGUGCUAAAUACUAUCCAUUAGAUGCAGAGAUGGAGUGGUUCUUUCUCCCUCCGACAGAAACAGAGCCAAAACUCUUCCCACAUCAGGGCUCUCUGAGCAGUCAUCGGCAGCAUGGGGACGGGACAUUUUCUCUGUCCUCUCACCUGUCAGUCCCCCCCAGUUUUUCACCAGGAACCAAGAUUACCUGCAAGGUUUCCCACCCAGCACUGGAUGAUCCACUAUAUAUCAGUAUAGUACUAGAAAGCCCCCAACCAGAUUCCUAUUGGUGGGUUCUUGGUUUCCUUGUCGUCACUGUUCUCUUCUUCUACCAGGUUAUGAAAUAAAACGACUCCCAGAUCACUUUGACUUGAAACUGAGCCUUGAAUAUAAUUUCUUUUGUAAAUGUAAACAUGUUCAGGUGUCAUUUAUUUGGUUGCUAAAUUUGAAGCUUUUUAUUUGUGGGAUUUGUUUAACUUUUUUAUGCUGUAAUUUGCUGACAGUUUUUGCAAGAAAAGCACUUUCUUUUGCAGAUAAGCCACUGGAGGUUCUUCAUGUCUGUCAUAACUUUAUAUACUUUUAACUCUUCAGGUUACUUAUUUAAAGUAGGAAAGACUGAUCUCUAAGUCGCUAGAACUAAAUUUUCUAAUGGGAAGAAAUAAUAGGACCUUGCACUUCUCUCCUGGGGUUAACUUUAAAUGUCAUUGCAGUAUAAAUCCAACAAAAACAGCAGCCUAGAUUAACCCUUCUCUGAAAUAAAUUAUAUAAGGUAUUUUAUAGAAACUUGAAUGUAAAACAUGAAAAAUCCUGUAUGUGUUUUUUUUUAUGUGUGUGUGUUUAAACUGUGUUUUGCCAUUGUUCUCUAUAGAUCAUACGUUUUGCAGAAAUUGACUUUUUUUUUUACAUUUUACUUUAUAAUUGGUAAAAAGACAAUGUGAGAAGGAUUUUUUUUAUUAUUAAAAAAACAACAUGGUUCUUAAUAUUUGAUGGGAAAAGCAUUUGCCAGCUUUAAGUCAAACUGCUCUUUAGCACAGAAACAAUUCAUCGGAUUAAUUGCAAUUAAUCGAUUAUUUAAAUAAUCGUCAACUAAUUUGGUAAUCGAUUAAUCAUUAGCUGCAGUAUAGAGGCUUUAAAACGUAUCUUUAGCUAACAGAGCAACCCAAUUAGAGCAGUAACUAUACCAAAAUUGUUUAAAAAAUAUUAACAUGUUAAUUUAAGAUAACAAAAACUUUUCCGUCUGUCAAUAUGUUCUAACCAGAACUCCUCAAGUGAAAAAGUUUUGGUUUCACCUUGUCUAAUUUCAGAAAAAGUCUUCUGCAGUAUAGUCAGAUAUAUUCGGAUAGCAAAAGGAUAGGAACCUUUUGCUAUCCGAUUGUUAAUCGAUUAAUUGAAAAAAUUAUAGACAGAUUAGUCAAUUUGGCAAAUUAGUUGCAGCAGCCUUACUUCUCUUAUAGCUGCUGAGAUGCUUUUACCACGUUUCCAAUGCUGCUAUUUUUGGUAAUGAGGUGAAAGUCCUUGAAGCAUGAAGGCCUCCGUUCCAUCCUCCUUAUCUUUAUCUCCUUCCUAGACUAUCAGGUUUAAGCUCUGCUCCACCAAAUGAAUGUAUUUCCCAAUGGAGAAACAUGUUGUUAAAAUAAAAAUAAAUAACUUUAAUUCAAAAUUGUCAGAGAUGUGAAUAAUUUUAACCGUAAUUGUGAGCUAACUGUGAGUUACUGGAUUUAUUUAGGGGCUCUGAGACGGAUUUUUGCUGCUCAAGCCAAUAUAACCAGCUUUACUAAACCGAUAAUCAUUCAGUUGUAAGUUUAAAAAUCCUAAAAUUCAGUCAUAAUGAGUCAGUUUUGAGAAAUAAUAAAAUUAUUAUAGAUAGAGAACUUUAGCAGAGGGACUGUGUGAUGCAGUAUGAUUAGUGUGAAAUGAUGAUCCUGUGGAAACAAAAUGUGUUAAUUUACUGGUGGCAGAAAGAUAAGGUACUUUGGAAAUAAAUGUUGCUUUUUUUUAUCUAUUCUAAUUUGCACUUAAGAAAGCCUACUUUCGAGGUCUUUUUUUUUUAAAAAGCUCCAAUUGUUUAGUGUUUCAAUCUCUUGUCAUAUUUUUCCUGCAUUGUCUUUUUCUAUUUUAUCGUUUCAAAUAAACUUAU